AAAGAGGAGCCCUCCACAGGGCCAUUGGAGCCUCAGAACCCACGAGGCCACAGAGGGAGAGGAGGCCUGAGGCCCUUGAGUGGGCACCAGCCAGCCAUGGCCACAGCUGACACCACCUUGCCGUCCAUCAGUACGCUGACCGCCCUAGGCCCCUUUCCAGACACACCAGAAGACUUCCUCAAGUGGUGGCGCUUUGAGGAGGUGCAGGGCUUGGGCCCGGGUCCCCCGGACCCCACCCGGCCGCUCCUCCAUGUGAGGCCCAAGUUGGAGGACGCGCCUGGGGAGAAAGAGGACGACCAUAGGGACGCGGCCCCUGCCUGGGACUUGGAUCUCUUCUUCACCAACCUGCCAGGCCCAGAGCUGAGCGGUGUGCUUCAGACCUGCGCUCUGGCACCGGGCGAAGGUCCCGGGACGCAAUUCCCACCUCAGCCUGAGACCCUGGGCGCGCACGGGGGCGGCCCGGGGCUGGUGCCUGGGCUCUUAAGUCCCGAGGAGCACCCGGGCUGGGCGCGCCCAGCUCCAAGAGCCCCAGCCCCUGACUCCUUCGUGAGCCCAGCCCUGGUCCCGACCCCUGAGCCCAAGGCGCUGCCUCUGCAGCCGGUGUACUCGGGGCCGGGUGUGAGCUCCUCCGGCAGCUACUUUCCGCGGACCGGGCUUUCAGUGCCUGCGGCGCCUGGCUCCCCCUACGGGCUGCUGUCCGGGUACCCAACGCUGUACCCGGCCCAGCAGUACCAAGGUCACUUCCAGCUCUUCCGCGGGCUCCCAACGCCUGCAUCCAGCCCCGCCGCUUCCCCCUCGUUCCUGGAUUGUCUGGGACCCGGAACAUCGGGUGCAGGACUCGGGGUAACCGCAGGAGAUUCAAGAGAAACCGCGGAGACCGCGUCAUCCAAGCGCAGCCGGCGCUCCUGGACCCGAAGGAGGCAGGCGGCGCACACGUGCACUCACCCGGGCUGCGGAAAGAGCUACACCAAGAGCUCACACCUGAAGGCGCAUCUACGGACGCACACGGGGGAGAAGCCUUACGCCUGCACGUGGGACGGCUGCGGCUGGCGGUUCGCGCGCUCGGACGAGCUGACCCGCCACUACCGGAAACACACCGGACAGCGCCCCUUCCGCUGCCAGCUCUGUCCGCGCGCUUUUUCACGCUCCGAUCACCUGGCCUUGCACAUGAAGCGUCACCUUUGAGCUACCCCACGCCCCCUGCCCCUGCCAAUUUGUACCUUCUCAGAAACUGGGGACGGAACAACAGAGGGUCCACACAGGGUGGUUUUCCCUCGGAUGGACUCUCAUCUGACACGCGGCCCUACAGACCUCCUGAAAGACCAAGGGCUGGCCCACAGACAAACCUGGGGCAGCCUCCGACGGAAGCUCCCACAAGUCCCCAGCCACAGGGGCCACACAGAGACUUCCUUAGGGUCAUGCAGACCCAGAGAGACAGACCUCCAAAUAAAUGGACUCAGCUGGACACUCAGAUACUGCGGACAGGGACGCACCCUUAAAAAGCUGGACCCUCAGACCAGCUCACGGGAGGCCCUGGACAGUGGGAAGGGGUUAUGCAGCGGGGCUUCUCAGAGACACUGGGUCGAGAAGGGGGGCUUGACACCCAAACUUCUGAAGCUCCGCAGAGUGGCUGUGAAUGGUUAUGGGUCCUGUAACAAUAACAAUGCCCCUCCUGGAUAAAGCUUCAACUGUGGCAUGACUUUUGUGAAUUUUGGGUGUGAAAGAUGGGAGGAAGCUGUAAGUCCAGAGGUGAUUUGAAGGGUGGGUGGCAUGUACCCUCACACUCAUCUCCUAAACUUCAUUGAGCCCCCCUCGGGUAUUACAGGCCUUGCUGCCCCUUCUCCCUUACUCCAAAAUCAGGCUACACCCUCCUUGCCUUCUACCUUGAAACUCAGGGACAUUCACAGGUGUCGUCUCCCUCCAUUUAAGAGCCCUCAGCCCAACCCCAGAAACACAGCACCCUCCUCUGUGCCAUGAUCCAAAGUGACCCCUUGGCUAGCUCAGGGGGCGACCCGGGAAACAUGCAGAAUGAAAAGGGAGAGGACAAGGAGCACAAACACCCCUUAAGAGAGCAAAAGUCCCGAGCUGGACCUCGGGGAAAGCUGGAGAGAAAAAAAUCCAAAUUUGCGUCUCACCUAGAGGCGGGUGGAGGAGCAGGGUC